AUGGAGUCGGGGCCGUUGAUGCUGCAGCGCAGGGACGCUGCCAGCGCACGUGGCUUGCCUCCCAAGAACUCCAGCAAGAGCAUUGUCUUGAUUGAUGAGGCUGGUCACGCUAGCUACACGACGCUGCGCAAGCAGGCGCUUGUGACGGAGCUGGCGCUGCGGCACCGCGACAUCCGCGCCCUGGACCCCGCCGUGCAGCUGCCCUACCCGUCAGCCAUCUUUGUGCGCAAGCAGGCGCUGGUGCUGAACCUGGAAGGCCUGAAGCUCAUCAUCGGCAGGGACAAGACCUUGGUCAUCUCGGUGCCUUCCCUCACAGACCUGGCCGCCCGUACGCUGCCGGACAUCAGCAAUCCGGUGGUGGUGCGCCUGAGCAACCACAUCGCAGCCUCCAAGUUCUUGUUCUCGGAGGCGCCAGGCGCCGAUGGGCUGCCGCCUGCCGCCAGCUACAUGAGCCUGGAGGAGCUGAAGCUGAUGGAGGCGCUGCCCUACGAGCUGCGGGCGCUGGAGGCGGCCCUGCUGAUGGUACUGCAGGUACUGCAGCAUGAGGUGGCCUACCUGGAGUCGGUCACACACCCAGUGCUGGCGCGCAUCCGGCGCAGCGUCACGCGCCUCGACCUGGAGCAGCUGUACGAGAUCCAGAACCGGCUGGACAAGACAGUGGCUAGGGUGGCGAAGAUCAAGGAGAUACUGGAGGAGCUCCUAGAUGAUGAGCUUCAGAUGGCGGGGCUGGGUGAUGCGUGCAGGACUGAGGGCGGCAGCCCCAAGGCAGACUCGGACCCGGGAGGCUGCCGCCGCGCAGACAGCGGCGACAAAGAGGGCAGCAAGUGUGACCAGGCACGUGCUGGCUGGACCGCCAUGGACAUGGAUCGGGAUGAGGUGGGGGAGGCCGAGGACCUGAUGGAGGCCUACUGGCUGCAGGCGAGCCCUCCGGCUGCCUCCGCUGCCCCUCGCUGCUGCCGGGUGGACUCUGCGCUGAGCCGCCUCAAGAUACUGCAGGAGCGCAUCACCAACACCGAGCACCUAGUAAAUCUGGACCUGGAUGCCAAGCGCAAUGCGCUGGUGGCGCUGGGGCUUGCGGUAGACCUGAUGCUCAUGUGCUUUGAGAUCCACAUGGCAAUCACCGGCAUUUUUGGAAUGAACUUGACCAGCGGCCUGGAGCGGUGGGACCCGUACAGCCUGUGGACCAUCGCGGGCGGAGGGGUGGUGCUGGGCCUGGGCGCCAUGACUGCCGUGGGGCUGUAUGUUCGCCGCAUGGGGCUCCUCAACGUCCCCAACUUUGGCCUGGCGCCGACCGGCACGACGGGAUAG